CUUAGCCGCCUGUUGAGUCGAAAUGCUUCGUAGGAAAAACAAGAAACAGUCGCUGCCCAAAGGCCAAGGUGCCGCUGCAGCCAAACAGAUGGGAUUGUUCAUGGAUUUCAACCCAGACGAGAUGAUGAUGGAUCUGGAUGGUGACAUAGAUGAUGGAGAUUUGGAGACAGAAUUUGCUGCCAUUAUGGGGAAGAGAUCAGGGGAAGGUGGGAAGCCCAAACCUAAAGGCAAGACCCCUUUGCCAGUGGAGGACAUUGAGAAAAUGGCUGAGAACUGCAUGAGAGACAGCGACGAUGAAGAAGAUGAUGAUGAAGAUUUGGAAAACGAUGAGGACUUGCUGGCAGAGUUACAGGAUGUGGUUGGAGAGGCGGAGGAAGCAGAAAAUGUUGAGAUGGAACCCACAGAAUCGUCUGUUGCUGUGGAAAUGCCCCCUGCACACAAACCAACUCCAUCGCAAACAGACUCAGGACCACAGGUGCCUGAGGUUACAGCUGCCCCCAGUGGUGUACAGCGCACCCUAGAGGAAAGAAUAGGAAUGUAUAAGACUGCUAUCAGCAACGCCAAGGCAAGUGGGGAGACAUCUAAAGCACGGAGAUACGACAGGGGCCUGAAGACUUUAGAGACAAUGCUGACAUCUAUUAAGAAAGGCAAAAAAAUCAACGAGGCUGAAAUCCCACCUCUAGUGACCACUGGAAAAACUGCUGCUCUGGCUGGCGUCCAAGAUUCUGAGAAUGAGGCUCAUUCCGAGGGCUUGCCAGUGAGAGUCAAGGAACCUAAUUCAGAAUCGGAGGGCCAAGCUGUGAUAGAGAGAAAAGCAGAAGAGACUGAAGAACCUGAACCUGCCACUGCCCCAGAGACCCCAGUAGAGACAGCAUUCCCAGCUCCAGAGCACGAAGUCAGCGAAGCAAACAAAGGAAUAGAUUCAAAAGCAGCUAAAGACCAUGGAGCUACCAAGGUACUGCUGCUAGGGAGACAGAAGGAAUAUAAAAUAGCAGCUCUGAAAGCCAAACAACAAGGUGACUUAGACAGAGCCAAGGAGUACAUGAAAACUGGCAAGAAAUUUGAUGCAGCGAUAGAAGCCUUGGAGGGUGGGCAGCCCAUCGAUCUGAGUAACAUGCCACCACCUCCAGGAGAUGUUGAAAUAAGAAAGGCUGCGGCAUCCCCCUCCCAUGCAACAGGUGGUGCUACAGAGGAGACUCAACCUGUACAAGCAGCAGGGCCCAUGGCAGUUUCCCCAGCAGCAGCUGCUCCUCCUCAGCCUAAAGAUGUGCUGGAGGCUUUACAGCAGAGGAUGGAGAAGUACAAAGAGGCAUCAGCUCAGGCCAAAACCAGUGGAGAGGAGCGCAAGGCCAGGAUGCAUGACAGGAUAGCCAAGCAAUACCAGGAUGCAAUCCGAGCGCACAAGGCGGGCAGAACCGUGAACUUCUCUGAGCUGCCAGUCCCACCAGGGUUCCCCCCUAUCCCCGGGAUGGAGGGUGCUGGAACGGAGCAGGGGAUUGCUGCUGUGCUGGAGGCUGCUUCCAAACUGGUCAGCGACGAGGGUAAGGAGGGAGACGAGGAAGAUGAGGAGGAUGAGCAGCCCCUGGCCACACCGCAGAAACCAAAGAAGCCUAUGCUGGCUGUGCCGCCAACAGUGCAGGUGCAGGGUGGCCCCUCCCCUUCACCUAAGAGACAGUCCCAUGGAGAGGGUCUUUCUCAAGCAGCUCAGCAGCAGCUUGAGUUCCUAGAGAGCUGCAGGAAGCAGUACAUGAAGGCAGCUGUCCAGGCCAAGCAGAAGAAUGACCUGGAACAGGCCAAGAACUUUCUGCGCACCGCCAAGGGACUUGAGCCGAUGAUAGAAGCAGCCAAGAAUGGGAAGGCUGUCGAUAUGUCCAAGGUGCCGUCCCCUCUGGGUGAUAAAGAGGAUGAUUUCAUCUUGGUGCAUCACAGUGAUGUGCAGCUCUCUCAGAAAACAGAAGACGUUUACAUGCAGCUUGCUAAGAUACUGAAAGAGCAGUGUGAGAAAUGUGUUUCUUACUCUAAGCAAUUUACACACCUCGGAAAUAUAACAGAAACCACAAAAUUUGAGAAAAUGUCAGAAGACUGUAAAAAGAACCUUGAGAUCUUAAAACUAGCUCAGGCUCAGGGCCUUGAUCCACCAAAACACCAUUUUGAGAAGAGGACCUAUAGUAUUGUACGGAUAUUUCCAGAGAUCAACAGCACAGAGUUGCUUCUGAUUGUCGUGAAAGGAAUCAAUCUACCAGUGCCGCCUGGUAUAGCAAUAAAUAAUCUUGAUGCAUUUGUGAAAUUUGAAUUCCCAUAUCCCAGUGGGGAACAAGCACAGAAACAUAAAACAUCUGUAAUUAAGAACACAAAUUGUCCAGAGUAUAACCAGAGUUUCAAGCUGAACAUUAACAGAAAUCACAGGGGCUUCAGGAGAGUGAUUCAGUCCAAAGGCAUCAAGUUGGAAGUGUUGCACAAAGGGGGCUUCUUGAGGAGUGAUAAACCAGUUGGAACUGUGCAUUUGAAACUGGAGAAGCUGGAAACUGAGUGUGAAGUCAGAGAAAUCAUUGAGCUAUUUGAUGGGAGGAAGCCGACUGGUGGGCAUCUGGAGGUCAGGGCUCGGUUGCGGGAGCCCCUCAGUGGGCAAGAUGUACAGCAGGUUACAGAGCGCUGGCUGGUACUGGAGCAGCCCAAGGUUGCAUCGUAAGUCCUGUGGACUCUAAGACACCUCCAUGAGGUGGAGAGGUACUGAAAACUAUAUAUGCACUUGAUUAUAAACAGGAUUGGAAGGACUCGUUUGCAUUGCAAUGUUGAUGCUAGCUGGAACUGCCAAAGGACAACCUGCACUCUGUUCCCUGUGUCAGCAGUGUGCUGCCUCUGUCUGUAAGUACAGAGGGAGUCCCUUUCUGAGUACAUGAGAAGCAGCACACCUGUAGACAGGUACAGUGUUGCUAACUGGUGUCAGUUGUUUGAGGGCAUGUUUCAAGUCUGUACAUUAUUUUCUUGGGUCUUGCUUUUCAAAAACUAGAACUGGUUUGAUGUUAAAUUUAUCUCAGUGGAAGAGCACUUACAAUGUACAGAAUAUAUGUGUUGUGUUACAGAUAAUUAUAAUGUGGUUCUAAAACUUCUAAUAUGAUAAUUAUGUGAAACCCUGUUAAUUUACAUUCAUUUAUGUCAAUCAGUUAUUUUGUC